UUUUCGCUCUCAGACAUGGGCACACCGCAGAAGGAUGUUAUUAUCAAGUCAGAUGCACCCGACACCCUAUUAGUGGAGAAGCAUGCAGAUUAUAUAGCAUCCUAUGGCUCAAAGAAAGAUGAUUAUGAAUACUGUAUGUCUGAAUAUUUGAGAAUGAGUGGCAUCUAUUGGGGUCUGACUGUUAUGGAUCUCAUGGGACAGCUACAUCGCAUGAAUAGAGAAGAAAUUCUGACAUUUAUUAAGUCUUGUCAACACGAGUGUGGUGGAAUAAGUGCUAGUAUUGGACAUGAUCCUCAUCUUUUGUACACUCUUAGUGCUGUCCAGAUUCUUACUCUCUAUGAUAGUAUUAAUGUUAUUGAUGUAAAUAAAGUUGUGGAAUAUGUUCAGAGUCUACAGAAAGAAGACGGUUCUUUUGCUGGAGAUAUUUGGGGAGAAAUUGAUACAAGAUUCUCUUUUUGUGCGGUGGCAACUUUGGCUCUAUUGGGGAAGCUGGAUGCUAUUAAUGUGGAAAAGGCAAUCGAAUUUGUUUUAUCAUGUAUGAACUUUGAUGGUGGAUUUGGUUGCAGGCCAGGUUCUGAAUCCCAUGCUGGGCAGAUCUAUUGUUGCACAGGAUUCCUGGCUAUUACUAGUCAGUUGCAUCGAGUAAAUUCUGAUUUACUUGGUUGGUGGCUUUGUGAACGACAGCUUCCAUCAGGUGGACUCAAUGGAAGGCCCGAGAAGUUACCAGAUGUAUGCUAUUCUUGGUGGGUGUUGGCUUCCCUAAAGAUAAUUGGAAGGCUUCAUUGGAUUGACAGAGAGAAACUGCGCAGUUUCAUUUUAGCAUGUCAAGAUGAAGAAACGGGAGGAUUUGCGGACAGGCCAGGAGAUAUGGUAGAUCCUUUUCAUACUCUAUUUGGAAUUGCUGGAUUGUCACUUUUGGGAGAAGAACAGAUUAAACCUGUUAGCCCUGUUUUUUGCAUGCCUGAAGAAAUACUUCGGAGAGUGAAUGUUCAGCCUGAACUAGUGAGCUAGAUUAGAUCCCUUGAUGCAGAAGUUGCUUAGUGUAGUUUUACUGUUUUAACAUUUCAGUAUUUGAAGUGCUUAACAAACGUAAUGGCUGCCAUGUUAAUAUUUUGUACAUGAAUUGUGUUGAUUUUAAUAAAUUAUAUAAUUAUA